UUUGUUUAGUCCUUCCCCUGUUUUGAGUGUUUUUCUCACCACCUACAUCUGCAACUGCAAGAUAUGCGAUGAAGCUGUCGACGGAGUUCGGAGUGUUUAUACUUUUCUUUUCUGUAUCUUUCUGUUGUAUUCCCGCCUCUAGCCCCGAUUUCGACGCUUUGUUUGCUUUCAAGUUUGCUUCAGACCCCUCUAACUCUCUUUCCUCCUGGUCCAAUUCAUCCCAUCCCUGCUCUGGUUCAUGGGUCGGCGUAACCUGCAGCAAAAACAACCACCGAGUUACCCGACUCGUCCUCGAAGAUCUCAACCUCACUGGCUCCAUUCAAAUUCUGACACAUCUCACUCGCCUCAGACUUCUAAGCCUCAAAAAUAACGCCCUUUCUUCUUCCUCUUUGAACUUCUCCUCCUGGACCAACAUGAAGCUGCUCUUUCUCUCCCAUAACCAUUUCUUCGGUGACUUCCCUGCUGGAAUCUCCCAGCUCCGCCGCCUCCGCCGACUCGAUCUCUCUCACAACGGCUUCUCCGGUCACAUUCCGAUGACUGAAUUGAAUCAAUUGUCCCACUUGUUGACUCUUCGCCUCGAAGCCAAUUCUUUCACUGGAACAUUGUCCUCGCUCGAUGUCCCAGUUGCAGAUUUCAACGUGUCCGGAAACAAUCUCUCCGGUCAAAUUCCGACAUCUCUUUCCUCGUUCGCAGAGUCUUCUUUCACCGGCAACAAGAAUCUUUGCGGCAAGCCGUUACCGUACAAGUGUUUGAAUCGAAUGGUUCUGAGUGAUCCGGUCCCGGUGAGGGCCUCUGAGAGACAUGGAAAAAAAUUAAGUCUUCGAGUUGUACUCGUCAUUGUAAUCGUAGAUGUGUCCGUGGUCAUCGCCAUGAUUGGGGUUUUCUAUUGCUACUGGAAGCGACGCACCAAACAUCAUCAGACUGGUCUGGGUGGAAAGAGACCGAAAGAAAUGAAGAGGUAUGGAUACGAAGAAAGGUACAGAGGAGGAAGGGAGAAUGAUGAAGAAGAGAUGGUCUUCUUUGAAGGAUGCAAACAGGGCCUGAGAGUGGAUGAUCUUUUGAAGUCUUCUGCAGAGAUGCUGGGAAAGGGGAUCCUGGGGACAACUUACAAGGUAGUGAUGGACGGAGGGGAUGUUUUCGUGGUGAAGCGGACUAGGGAAAGGGGGAUAAGGAAAGAAUUUGAUAUUUUUCUGAGAGAGAUAGGUGGGUUGAGACACAGUAAUAUCGUCAGCCUCAGAGCUUACUUCUCUUCCGAAGAAGUGCUUCUUCUGGUGUACGAUUACCUCCCAAACGGAAGCUUAUAUUCUCUCUUACACGGAAAUCGAGGACCUGGAAGAACUCCCCUGGAUUGGAUGACAAGGUUAAAGCUGGCGUCGGACUCUGCUAAGGGUCUUGCGUUCCUCCACAGUGAAUGCAAAUCCAAGCUCCCCCACGGCCACCUCACGUCCUCCAACAUCGUUAUUGAUCAGGCUGGCAAUGCCUGCAUUUCUGACUUCGCACUUCACCAACUUUUUCUCUCCCCAUUGACAUCAAACGGUGCAUACAAGGCACCGGAAUUAAUGCUUAACUACAGCCAAAGGAAAUUCACCAGCAAAUCCGAUGUUUAUAGUUUUGGAGUGAUUCUCUUGGAGAUUCUUACUGGCAAAAUGGCAACAGGGGAAGGAGAAACCAGUCUACCCAUGUGGGUACAACGCGUUGUGCGAGAGGAAUGGACGUCAGAGGUGUUUGAUAUUGAACUGUUGCGGUACAAGGGGUCGGAAGAAGAAAUGAUGGCUCUCCUGCAGGUGGCCUUGCUUUGCUUGGCCCAGACACCACAAGAUCGUCCUAAGAUGAGCGUAGUGCAUGAGAUGAUUGAGGACAUCAGGACGAGGGAAUGUAGACAAGGGGGAAACCAUUCUCCUCUGAAUGACCUGUCUUCUGAUUCAUCUCCUUCUCCCUCAGAAGAUACUCCUAGCUUCACUAGCAGCUGAACCUUGGCUUGUGUGCCGAUGCUUAUUGAUUAAGGUCUUUUUUAAUUGUUUUAAUUCAAUAGGAGCUCCAGGUAGGAGGUCCACCAAUCGACAAAUUGAGUGCAGAUAAUGUUAACCAUCUAGAUCAACCAUAUUCUUCUCAAGAUGAUCCAUUCAUUUCCAUCUAGAAAAACAUUGAAGAAUCUCUCUCUCUCUCUCUCUCUCUCUCCCCUCUUUUGGGCAAAGAAAGAAGUAGCUUCAUUUCUUAUAUAAGAGCUUUACAUAUAAGGAUAUUAACAUUUAAGAAUUUCUUUAGGAGUCUCAUCUAUUGGAGAAUCUA